AUGUCGAAAACUACGCGUGUAAAAGAGCUCUCUAAGCUUAUCCUAACUGAGCCAAAAGAUUUUUCACUCGACAAUUUCAUCCACACCGAAUUAGGUACUUAUUUUGAGUCUUUAUUGACUUAUUUGAAAGUUCAUCACAAACCUUAUCAAGGCAAGAUCCUUAAGAAGACUAAAUGCAUGAGUCCAGAAAAGAUUAUCAAAGCUAUUACAAAGAUUGUUACAUUCUUUAAUCCAUCAAUUCUUGAAAACGCACCGCUCGAAGUUAUUGCAGGCUGUUUUACAUAUUUAUUGCAUGCUGAUACUCCAGAAGAGAUCAGAACACCAUGCGUUCAACUCUAUUUAAAUAUUUUAGCUGCAAUUAAGCCAGAAUGGCAACAACGUAUGGAUGCUGCAAAUGUUUUGAUAAUUCCAUUUAUUAGAUAUGCAAGAACUUCCGGUGAAAUAAAUUCAUUCAAGAAAUACACUUCCAAGCCAGAUCAAGAAAUAAUCGUGUUUGAAAAGGCAAAAGGUACAACAAAAGACUGCGAAAAUAAUCUUAUCAAAACAUUCCAGUGGAUUAACCAAAACUGGCCUUACGAUCCUAAAAGUAUUUGCGAUUUUCUUUACAAAUACAUUCUCAGCAUUAUUUAUCACAGUAUUGCUGAAAAAGCUGGUUACAAAGAAUCCCAAUACGGUUUUGAGGACUCAGUUCUCGAAAAUUUCCAUCAGCAAACUUUAAUUUUCCUCCAACAAGCAGUUGAAUCGAAUUUAGACUUAAAACCACUUUUCGCAUCAGACAUGUUCAUGACCAUGUCAAUACAGAUCCUUGCUGUUACAGAACAGUAUAAUAAUACUCAAAAUGCUUUGAGAACUUUACAAAUUUACGACAUGAUUCUUUCCAACAAGGAUUUAUUGGAGCAACUUUCUUCUGUCAAUUUAAACCUUUAUUUGACAGUUCCUUAUUCCGCUGCAACAAUUUCUACGAAAUAUCUCGAAAAAGACUGCCCAGAAUCCGACCGCAAAGAGCUUAUCGAUAUGAUACUUAAAGUCUUCAUCUCAUCCUUCAAUAUGAUUUACUCCUGCCUUCAAGAUGAAGAACUUUAUUCAUAUCUCCACAAAUUCUUCGAUAAGUUCGCUCCAACACCAAGAAUUGCUUGCUACUUUUACUCUGCUUUCGUCCAUAGACUCAUUCUCGGAAGAAUUAAAAAAGAAAGACCUUGGAUUUUCUUAAUGGAGUUGGCCAGGAAGCAUGAAAUCUAUGCAGCAAUAUCUUGCAAGUACGCACAGCUCAUGGGUGUCUUCCAAAUCCCAACAUUGCUCGAAUUUGAAAUAGAAGAUUCAAUUUCCGCGGCUUCCUCGUUCUAUUCUCAUAGAUUCAGGGAUCCAACACCAGAAAAAUACGAUUUCUUCCUAAAUAACGCUGAAGAUAUCAUUGAUCAUCCGAAUAUUUUGGUUAUUCAGCAGUUAAAGUCCAUGUGGUCACCUCUUGACAGUUUCGAUGAAGUUUUUGAGGGAUUCCCGUUACCGUUACCUCCGAUUUCCUCGAUUUCGGACGAUGAUUUUGAGAUUCUUGCUUCGAAUUUCAUUACUCCGUUCGAAAUAUAUGAGGAUGAAGCCGACCAACAGUCAAAGCAUCGUUUGUUUGGCCCGAUCAUCUCAUUCUACGAUACAAUUCACCUUUGUUCUCAUCUUCCUUCGAAUAUUCAAUACGAAACUACCAAUGUUUUCCCAUAUUCGAGGCACAGAUUGUUCACAGCCCUUCUCCACGAGUCAGAUCCAUUGAUUUUAAGACGUUCCAUGGAAGUAUUGACGCAAAUUAUGUCUUUGCACGAAGUUUGCGCCAAAUUAGAUGCUGAUUCCCUCACAGCCUGGUACAUUAUCAUCAUUACAUUGCUUUCCCGCAAAGAACCAGAGCUUGUUGAGGUUGCAUCUCUCGCAUUUGAACGUUCCAUCCAUUACGGAUGCAAGGGAGCUUCCAUGCUUCUCCAAGUUCUCAUAUCCUACCUCGAGAGCAAGAUUAUUCCAGCAAACGACAGCGUUAUCGAUAUUCUUUCUUCAGUUCCUCUAUUUUCAACCGACCAAACAUUGAUUCCAGACAUAGAAAAGGAUCUGAAGCAACGUAUAUCGAGCAAACAAGAGCUCUACCGCGAAAAUACCGUCCAAGCUCUCACAAAACCAGGAAAAUAUAUGCAAACCCGUCAUAUUAAGGUCAUUUCGGAUCUUUUCGAUGCAGCAAAGGACGACAAGAACCUCUGGGAUUCAUACCUAUGCUUAGUUAUCCCAUUAUUAAGUGAUGAAAUGACACAAUCUAAACCGAACACAACAACGAUCGGUCUGAUCAUGACAGCGUUAGCCAAUGCCAUCAAAGUGCAAAACCUCAACGCUGUAAACAUCGUUCGUAGUCAGUUGAUGGUAAUUCCGAGAAUGACAGAAUGCGCACCUCUCCAAUUGAACCAUUUCAUCUCCACUUGUGUUGAUUUCGCAAACGAACCAGCUGCAAUCGAAGGAGAACCAUCUUGGGUAAAUAAUUUCAUUGAAAUGGUCACUUCACUUUUCAUUUAUAAUUAUGAAGCGAUGAGAUUAGAUCCAUGCUAUCCCAAAUUCAUCAAAUUGCUUUAUAGUUUGAUGUCCAAUCCCAAGAAGGACAUUUCCAAGUUCGCGGCCAGUCUUUCAAAGAUAAUUUCACUUUAUUUCGGCGCUUUUCCAUUCAAAAACUCCAUCUUGUAUCCAACGAGUCAAACAGAAGUCAUGGAUCAAGAGAACACGAUUGCAACACGUGCAGGAGCAAUCCUUCAGUUCUCAACAGACGAAAAGACUUCUAAUAUCGAAGUUGUCGCACAAACAGCUGUUGGCAGAUUUGAAUGGGACUUCAAACCGAUUUCAGGUGAAUUUUACACGAAACAAAAAGAAGGCGAAGGAGUCACGAUGCCACAGACUAAAUCAACGCCAACACAAGUGUUUAACAUGCAGACACAAUUAGAGAAAAGUGCUGGAGAACUCAUACAAGGCUUCGAACAAGACAUUGGCGAGAUUCCUCUGUUCGACAUCAAACAGGAAUUCACUGACGAAUACAAGGAAUACAAUGAAAAAUUCAAACAAACGACAAUUGAUGAAAAAUUUGAAAUAUUGAGGCCGCAUAUUGAAAUGCAAAACAGGAAAGCGUCAAUUGUUCAUGGCUUGGGAUUCAUGAGAGCAAAUCAUCUCCAUGAUGUUAAAGAGAUUCCUCCAGAACAAAUGCUUAUUUUCUUACAUAAUUUGCAAAAAGCAAAUUAUAGAUUCCAUGAAAAAUACUCUGUCAUUUGUGUAAAUCCUGAAACUAAUGAUGAUUUGAGUAUUUUGGGUAUCCAAUUAGAAGAAACUUCUUCGCAGUUCCAGAACUUUGUUACACAGCUCGGCUGGAAUUUGUCUUCUGAAGGAUACGUCGGACCUGAUGCAGCACAGUUGGAUAGCGACAGAACAGGAAACAAUGUUGUUUUCUACGCUGAUUUCGCGAGAGAAGUUUUGUUCCACAUUUUGCCGUCGUUUAAUCAGGAAUUCUCGGACCAAGGACAGAAUUUCAGAAAGAUGUACUUGCACAAUGUAAAUGUUGUUAUCGUGUGGUUGACUCCUGGAAGCAAAUUCGACCCUCCAAACAUUGCUUCUGCUAAUAAUUUACUUUUCAUUGUAAUUCAUGAAAAAAGUGACAGUCCAUUAUUUACUGUUGAAUUUGUAAUGAGAAUGAAUUUCCAGGUAAACGGAAGAAGUAGUAUUUCUUACAUUGUAAGGAAGGAACAACUCCCUGACGUAAUAAGAGGAGUUUGUUUCCAGGCACAAGAGCAGUAUGAUAGAUCUCUUCCUCAUUGGAAACGUCCAAUUACUGAAAUUUCUGAGACUUUGACUGAAGCAAUCUCUCAGUCUCACUCAAAGAAUUCUAAGGAAUAUAACUGCAUUUCCAGCUUGAUGUCUACUUCUGCAUUAGGAAUGUCAAGAAAUGCUUCUUUCGUUUAUACAAGUGGACCAUUGUAA